AUGGAUCCGAGCUACAGAAAGGCGCUCAAGCUGGAGCCUGGCGAUUUUACGACCAGCUUCGAUCUCUCCGGGUAUGGAAUUCUAGACGAGAUCAAAACGCUGCUCUUUCCGACCAAGCAGUCACUGAUUGCCAAGCUCUACAAGCUUAACGUCUAUGCACAGGGAGAUUUCUUCAAGCCUCACGUAGACACUCCCCAAAGUGGAAACAUGCUAGCUUCGCUCGUCGUCUCGUUGCCCUGCGCUCAUUCUGGCGGAGAUUUGGUGGUCCGGCAUGGCAAGAAAUCCCAUAGCUUUAGCUUUGGAGGAGAGAAUGGCAAUGGCCGGAUAGGCUGGGCGGCUUUCUUCUCGGACUGUGAGCACGAGGUGAUGGAGGUAACGUCGGGGCAUCGAUUGACACUCACUUACAACCUGUUUGUCGAGAACUCUACCACUCCAAAGACGGAUUUUUCAGGCACGCAGCUCUACAAGCUCUUUGUCGAGGCAAAGGAGUCCGAACAGAAAAUGACACUGGGAUUUCCUUGCAAGCAUCUCUACGCCCAAGGGAGUGGCCUCAAAGGUGACGAUGCUUUUGUCUAUCACACAGCACUGUCCGCUGGGUUAAAUGCCUCGGUGUGCUCGGUGUGGUCGAGAGAAGAUGGCUUUCGCGCCUCGAGGAGGAACCCCGACUUCGAUCAUCCAAAGUUCAUUGGUGACGAAGACAUGCUUGGAAGAUUUCUAGUGUCCGGGUAUGCUUUCUACAGGGAGGAAGUUGAAAUAGCUGAGAUUGGCAAGUUGCUACACGAGGAAAUGGAGGAAGAUGUGGGCGAUGUUGUGUGGUGCCGCGAGAAUUUCGAGUGGAAUGUCGGCGGCGCGUGCGCGAGCUAUGGGAAUGAACCAGGCACUGAGUCGUUUUACUGUGCUGCCGCGAUUCUUGUCAGUGUAGACGACGGAGUCAGUCGCAAACGAAGAUGA